GAAGCAAAUGUAUCAUAUCAAUUAUCAUACAGCUAAAAAAAGAAACCAAAGAUGUCUCCUUCAUGGCCUACUACACUUCUCGUCUCUCUCUUUCUUUUCUCCCAAAUAUUUUCUUCCAUUGCCCAAGUUCCAGUUGAAAACACCUUCAAAUUCGUCAAUGAAGGCGAAUUAGGACCUUAUGCUGUCGAAUACAGAGCAGAUUACCGUGUUCUUAACGUUUUCACUAACCCAUUCCAGUUCUGUUUCUACAACACAACACCUAAUGCAUGGACACUAGCGUUGCGAAUGGGCACUGUCCGUUCUGAAUCUCUCAUGCGUUGGGUAUGGGAAGCUAACAGAGGAAAUCCCGUUAAAGAAAAUGCAACUCUCACAUUCGGAACUGAUGGAAAUCUCGUCUUGGCUGACGCUGAUGGUCGAAUUGCUUGGCAAACAAACACGGCCAACAAGGGCGUAACGGGGUUCAAGUUGUUACCAAAUGGUAACAUUGUCCUUCAUGACUCUAAGGGUAAAUUCGUCUGGCAGAGUUUCAACUAUCCCACUGACACCUUAUUGGUGGGCCAAACGCUCCGCUUGUCAGGCCCGAAUAAGCUCGUGAGCCGGGCCUCAGUGACAAAGAACGCGAACGGGCCAUACAGCUUGGUAGUGCAACCGAAAUUGUUCGCUGUCUACAACAGGACCAAACUUGCCGUGGAAUUAGCUUGGUUUGAUCUUGGCAAUAGCAGCUUGGAAUCAGUAAAAUUGAAUAGUGGGAAUCAAAGGCUGAAGUUGGAUUAUAGAUUGGCAAAAUCAACAAAGAGAAGUUCACAUGUUAUGGCUUUUACUAAAUACAACACUACUUUAACAUACCUUCGUCUAGAAAUAGAUGGAAAUCUAAAGGCCUACACUUUCACCGACGGAGAUCUAGAUUCACCCCGUUGGAGGGUAACUUACAGCAGGCUUUAAAAAGACAUGCUUGUUUUUUCAUACUAUUAGAAACGCAGCUCUACAAGAUAAGGAUUUCGUUGUCCAGGAUAAUAAGUGGAUAAAAUGAGUGGGUCCACAGUUGGUCCAGCAGAUUAGUUGUCGUACUUCCUUUUUAGUGCCAAUUUCAUUCCUCGUUCUUUAUACUCCUCAUGUUUUGGUUGAAAAGUUUUUUUUUUUUUCUUGAUUGAAUUGAAGGGUGUAUCUCAUUAUGUUAUCUAAUUAUAUUUAAGAUGCUUUUUAAAAGUGA